AGAAAGCGAAGCUGAGAGGCAGGCGAGGCCCUGGCUUCGCGGGGAUUGUGCAAGGGAAGUGACAUGGUUUGGAGCUGAGGAGUCUCCAUUUUGUGGGCUUGGGAGGCGAAGUUCUUGGCCCAGUUUCCUCUCCUUCCCGUUUGCCUUGUACGGUUCGGAAAGAGAACUCUGACUCGGCAAACGGGCUCCAGACCUGCGCGUCUGCCCUGGGCGCGUCCGCGUAGACGAAGACACCCUCCUCGAUAUGGGGCUCCGUUGUGCAAUCGAGUCCGGAAAACAGAAACCUCCAGCUGUUUUUACUAUUGGUUGGCGCAGAAGGGGUUUGGAAGGAAAUGCGGUUUCUUAUCCAGCGAUAGUCCAGUUUGAGAGAGUGCACACAAAAUGGAAUCAAAGCCAUCAAGAAUUCCACGGAGGCUAUCUGUUCAGCCAUCUGGUUCUCGAAGUGCUAGGAUAGGAGCUGGAAGUGGUGGAACAACUUUAACUGAUUCAUACCGUACGAGAGAGUCUUCAAUAAGACUGGAUUCUGGACGCCAGGAAUCUGGUAGGUUGCAUAGUUCCAGUAGAGACUGGUCAGUUGAAGAACGAGAAGCUUAUGAAAGUUCAUGGAAGCUUCCAGCUUCUUCUCCAACUCACUACUCAGGAACACUUGAUCGUCCAUGGUCUGGAAGAUUUUUGGGAAGCAGAAAUAGAUUGGUUACAUCAUCAUCAUCAAUUCCUGCAUCAUCUUGGUUGGGUGAAUCUGAUAGAACUCAGGGAGCAUAUUCUUCAAGACUGCAUAACCAACAACAAGAUACUGAUUCAAAAAGACCUAAACUUUCUUAUACAUCUACCUCUAGUAUGAGAAGUAGUGGUUUAAACACAGUUUCAGAUUCCCCCUGGAGGUACAGUGAUGUGCCCAGAUCUUCAUCUAUGGUACUUGGAUCAUUAACAACUGAACUUGUGAGAGAGAGAAGAGAGCUAGAAAGGACAGAGCCAUCUGUUAGUUUUGUGGAUUGUAGUCAAAGGAAUGGUGAUUUCCCUCCAUCAACAUAUUUGCAGGAAAGACCUGCUUCUUCAUAUGCACAGGGAGCAAGACCAAAGGAAAACUCAUUGAGUUCUUUGAGGCUGAACACAUCCAUGAACCGCCAGUUGCCUUCUGAACAUGAAUCUUCAUUACUCUCUAGAGAUCAUAGCUGGAAUUCAAGAUCUAACUAUGUCCCAAGAGAAGUAGAGAUUUCUGAAAGGAAUAUACAGCCAGAGUUUAGUCAUGGUACCACGAGAAGUGGGACCAGAACUUCAAACCAUUCUGAAGGAGUUGUGCCAACCCAAAGGUCAUUAAGUGAACCUUCUGCUGAUACUGAAGGAAGGCGUUCAACAAGGCAAUUACUAUCUCGCUUGGCGUCUAGUAUGUCCUCUACUUUUUUCCCAAGAAGAUCUAGCCAAGACACUCUGACAUCUUCAAGAUCAUUAGGUUCUAGAGAUACAAAUGUUCUAAGAACUCAAGUUUCUGCCCAGGCUACUUCUUCUAACACACUUACAACAUCUGAAGGUAUAGAAGCUCAAACACCUGAUUCUGGUCCUCAGGGAUUUAGCUUCCUUAGAAGACGCUGGGGUUUGGCAGGUGUUUCAUCAAAUCCUAGUGCUGGUUCAGAACCUGGAAAUUACAGACAUAAUUCUGAAGGUAGAAAUGCAAGUUCCUGGCUGUCAUCUUCUUUGAGGAACAGAUGUACACCUUUGUUUUCAAGAAGGAGAAGAGAAGGAAGAGAUGAAACAGCAAGAACCUCUACCUCUGAAACAUCUGCUAGGUCACUGCAUCUUUUUAGGAGAAGAGAAUCUGUUGGGGAUGUACCUCUUCAACCACAAAGGGAAUCUCUCAGGCCGAGGCCAUCAAUACCUGCAGUACCCAGUAGUACUAUACCUGUUGCUUCAGGAUCAGAGUCAGUGCCUCCUAGAAGAAAUUCAGGAAUAUCAGGAAUGUUUCCUGGCUCUCUCUUUCGGUUUGCAAUGCCACCAACUUUGGGAAAUAACUUGUCUGACAAUGUUAUGAUAACUGUAGAUAUUAUUCCAUCAAGCUGGAGUCAGUCUAAUGGGCAAGAUAGCGACAAAUCUAAAACAUCACCUUCAAGAGAUCCAGAAAAGCUUCAGAAAAUUAAAGAGAGUCUUCUUUCAGAAGACUCAGAAGAAGAGGAGGGAGACUUAUGUAGGAUUUGUCAAAUGCCCUCUACAUCUGCCACUAAUCUCUUAAUUGAGCCAUGUAAAUGCGCUGGAAGUCUGCAGUAUGUUCACCAGGAAUGUAUGAAAAAGUGGCUACAAUCCAAGAUUAACUCAGGUUCUUCAUUGGAAGAUGUAACUACCUGUGAAUUAUGCAAAGAGAAGCUUCAGCUCAAUCUUGACAAUUUUGAUAUCCAUGAACUCCAUAGAACACAUGCAAAUGAACAAGCAGACUAUGAAUUUAUCAGUUCUGGGCUUUACCUUGUAGUAUUGUUGCAUUUGUGUGAACAGCGGUUUUCAGAUAUGCUGGGAACUACAAGUGAGGCCAACACACGUAUCCGGUUGCAUGCAGUUUUACAUUUCUUAACAGAAGAAUGUAACUGCUGGGUCACAGCUGUUUCCAUUGCUGCAUACAGUUUUCUCUACUUUAGAGGGGCUAAAUGCAUUUACAAUCCACUAGUUCACAUAUUUUUACAUAAGACUGUGUCCCUGGAGAUGGUGAGGACUUUUCACGUACAGUUCAUUAAUCUUGCAAGAACUCUUCAGGCACAUAUGGAUGAUAUUGAAACAGCUUCAGAUGAUGAUGAUGAUUCUGAAGAUGGUGAUCUCGAUAGGACCCUUGAUGCUGCAUAGAUGGAGUGGAAGGGCUAAAUGCUCAGCUGACACAAGUAUCACCAGUGCACAUUUAUUUAGUAAACCAUGCUGAAUUCUAUUAGAUUUCUGAAGAACUGCUGAGUCAAACAGAAAAUCUGCUGUUGCACACACUGGUAUCCAUAGAUACUGGAUAUUGCUCAUGCAGUCUGCAAGAGUAUCUUUCUUCUUUCAGAGUAUGACAUGUAUGCCUUCUUCUAAAAUAUGUGAUUUUUAUCUGUAAGGAAGAGUUCUUUUUGUAUAAGCUUCUUACAGAAAUCAGUUAUAAAUUCUGGGAAAUGUUUCUCAUGUUUUGCUCUUCUGCUGGCAGGCACUAAGUGGAACUUAAGUGAGUUUGCAACUUGAAGUCAUGGGGAGGGCAUAAUUCUUUGUUAACUUACACUUAAAAAAAUAUAUCUAUUGGGAAGUCUCAUUAUUUUGAUUCCAGUGUUAACACCUAGAUUGAAUGAGGGAGUGAAUGGGUUCUGUGAUUAGUGUUAAGUUUCUCUAAGUUUUUCUGGAGGAGUGUUUAACUCAAAGCAAUAAACUUGCAAGGGGCUACUAAUAAGUAUUAAUUAAGGCUUUUAUAAGUAUUGAUUUCAAAACCACGGAUUAUACUUGAUAAUAUUAUGUACAAUUUCCAAUAAGGAAUUACAGCAGUAAACAAGCAUUUCAGCAUUCCUGGAAGGAAUAAAACUUAUGGUUUAGAAUCUUAACCAAGCUAUUUAUCUGAACGAACAUUUUUUUUAGAACCCACAUUCACUUCUGAGGCACUGGUUAUCAAUGUGUUUUCUAGUGUUGUCACUUGUUUGUUAAAUAAAAAUUGCAAUCCUAUGA